AUGCGUUUCUCCACCAUCUCCGUCGCUUUCUUGGCCGGUGCCGUCGCCGCUGCUCCUCAGUACGACGUCCUCCCAAUCAGCCAGAUUUCCGACGGUCAGAUCCAGGCUCCUCCUGCCACUCCCCCUGCCGUCUCUGCCACCUCUGCCGUCCCCUCGGGCGUUCCUUCGGUUGUGCCUUCUGGCGUCCCCUCGGCUGUCCCCUCUCCCUCUGGCGUUCCCCAGGUCCCCUCUCCCUCUGAGGUCCCUGUCGGCACUGGCCCCGUCCCUCUCCCAUCUCCCACUGCCACCCCCGUCGCUCCUGGCACCCCUGGCACCACCCCCAUUGUCAUUCCUCCUGGUGGCUCCAACUCCACUGUCCCCGCUCCCUCUGGCAGCGGUGCUCAGUCAAGCGGUCCCAGUGCUAGCGCCAGCGGAUCUUCCCCCGCUGGUUCUACCGGUGCCUCCAGCAGCCCUACCUCCUCCGCCAGCGUUCCCCAGGCUAGCGGUGCCGCCGCCGGCAACAUGGUCUCCUUCGGUGGCCUUGUCCUUGCCAUCGGUGCUGCCGUCUUCGCUUAA